AUGAAGACAUACCAAAAACAAUGGCCCCCAGUGCCCAGCGGCUCGAACGACCCUGGCCAAGGUAGCGGUCAGACCAGUCGUAGAGCAGGGGGUGCUAAAAAUCCCUGGGUAAAACAAGGCUGCCAACUUCACAUUGCAACUUAUAACGCUAGGUCAAUUGGAAAUGAGGAAAGGUUAACGGAACUACAGUACGAACUGGACAGAAUAAACUGGGAUAUUCUGGGAAUAUCAGAAACAAGGAGAAGAGGUGAAGAAUCCAUUAGACUAAGAUCAGGACGUAUCCUAUUCUACAAAGGAAGAGAAGAUAAUAGUUUGGGUGGUGUGGGUUUUCUUGUCAACAAACGAAUCUCCCCAAAUCUUCAAAUACUCAAAGCCAUAUCAGAUAGAGUAAUAUACAUAACACUUAAGAUUAACUCCAAUAUAACAAUUAAAGUCGCUCAAAUCUAUGCCCCAACAAGUAGUCAUGAGGACGAAGAGAUCGAGGUGCUGUAUGAUGAAAUCACACAGAGCCUAACAGAAAAUAAGACAAGAUACACGCUGAUAAUAGGAGACUUCAACGCAAGAAUAGGAGAGCAGUGUAAUAGCUCACAGUAUGUUGGACAAUUUGGACUGGGGAAACGAAAUGAAAGAGGGACGAUGCUUGCAAAUUUCCUGGAAAAAGAACAACUAUACAUAAUGAAUACAUUUUUCAAAAAAAGACCUCACAAAAAAUGGACCUGGGCCAGCCCGGAUGGAAUUACAAAAAACGAAAUAGACUACGUGCUAACACCAAAUAAACAUAUCGUCCAAGAAGUUGACGUUCUUAAUUCCUUUAAUACGGGCAGCGACCACAGAUUAGUCCGGUGCAGGAUCGUAUUAAACACAAAAUUGGAAAGAGCAAAAAAAUUCAACAGCACGCAAUACCGUAUAGAUCCUGAUACAAUAAGAGACAACAAGUCAAUAUAUAGCAAAAGAUUGACAGAACGACUAACAAAGGAAACAACAUCAUCACACGAGAGCUUGGACGAAACAAACAAUAGACUGGUAAAAGAACUGAAAGAAACAACUACAAGUUUAGUAUCAUCAAAAACUAAAAGAAUAGAAAAGUUUACAACACAAACCAAACAGCUACUGGAAAGAAGGAGAGAGCUCAUUAAAGACAACAAAAGGAAUACAGUAGAGUAUGCCGAACUAAACAAAACAGCAAGGAAAAUGGCCAAGCAGGACAUACGAAAGUAUCAAGAAAAUCGAAUAGAGGAGUUGAUACAGCAAAACAGAGGUCUGAACAUCUUUAAAAAAGAAAACGCACAUAAAAAAGAAAUGAUUAAAUUGAGAGACGGACAAGGUAACAUAACAGAAGAUCGAAGAGAGAUACUCAAGGUAACAGAGAAGUUCUACACAGGUCUGUACGAGUCCAAAAUAGACAAUGAGGAUGUUAGAAAAGCAAACAGUGACCAUAAAAACAGGAUAUGUAACGUUGGCUCCGAGGAUCUACCUGAGAUUGAAGAGGAAGAAAUUGUAAAAGCUUUAAAUCAACUAAAAAACUGA